AUGAUGCAGUUCCCAGUUGUUCAGAUGUUCAGGAAGAUGAGAGGCAAACCGGAAUUUCCCGACGAUGUACGAGGAUCUGGCGAUGUCCUAUCUCAUUUCACAUCGUCAUUUGACCAUCAGUCUCCUGAGGGGACCGUGCAUAUCUCGAUGCUGCCAAAUCCCUCACAUCUUGAAGCAGUGAAUCCAGUCGCCAUGGGCAAAGCCCGCGCUCGUGCCAGGUCACUCGGAGUUGGAGACUACUCGACAGAUCGAGCUGCAAGGACUGGAGAUGGUGUGCUGGCUGUUCUUGUACACGGUGAUGGUGCUUUCACCGGACAGGGUAUUGUUUGGGAAUCCAUUUCGCUCGGUCAAGUGCCACAUUUUCGUCUUGGAGGCUCCAUUCACCUGGUCACGAACAAUCAGGUGGCCUUCACUGCCGAAGCACACAUAGGACGGUCGACGUUGCAUUGCACUGAUAUUGCUAAGGCAUUCGAAUGUCCGGUCAUCCACGUUAACGGUGAUCAUCCUGAGGAUGUGGUUAAAGCCACACGACUUGCGAUGGCAUAUCGACAGAAGUUCCGCAAAGACAUAUUUAUUAAUAUGAUUUGUUAUCGUCGCUGGGGACACAAUGAGUUGGAUGAUCCGUCAUUUACGCAGCCGAUCAUAUAUAGGGUAAUCGAGAGCCGUGAUUCGGUGCCAAGACAGUACGCUGACGAGCUCAUAGAUCAAGGUCUGCUCACCGAAGACGAAGUUAAGCAAGAGAAAGAUGCGCAUACUGCUAAGCUCAUGGAGUCUUUCAAAGCUAUUGAUGCAGCACCACCCGUAGCAAAACAUUUGGAAGGCUACUGGAAAGGGUUUGUACAGGCCCCAGCCGAAGCACAAAAAUGGGACACUGGUUGCGAUACGAAUCUACUGAAAUACAUUGGAGCUGCAUCCGUUAGAGUACCGGAAGGUUUUGUGAGUUGUAUUCUGUGGACGGAAAUUUUGUAUUAUGUAAGCAGAUCAUACUGGAAAUUAGGGUCGAGUUUUGGUGGAGAUUCAUUAAUAAUAUUGCCUAGACGUUUUCUGAUGCCUUCAAAGGCAAACUGA